GCCGUAGCGCCGCACGCGCCGUGCUCCGUAAGUGGCGGCGUGGCCGGGCCGGGCCGAUGCUGGCGCUGCGCUGGGGGCUGCGCGCCGCGAGCGGAGGGUUCCGACCGCGGAACGUGCCGCUCGCGAUGGCGAAGAGGCCGAGCGGGGCCGGCGAGGGACCGGAGGAGAACGGGCAGCAGGCCAAGAGGCUGAAGGGAACCGCGGGCGAAGGGGAUGCGGAGGGUCAGAAUAAAAGGACGCCCAAAAGGAAGAUCGUGUUGUUGAUGGCGUACUCGGGGAAAGGCUACCACGGCAUGCAAAGAAAUCUGGGCUCUUCGCAGUUCAAGACGAUCGAAGACGAUUUGGUGUCCGCCCUCGUUCGGUCCGGCUGCAUCCCGGAGAACCACGGCGAGGACAUGAAGAAGAUGUCGUUCCAGCGCUGUGCUCGGACAGAUAAGGGUGUGUCUGCAGCUGGACAGAUUGUGUCGCUAAAGGUCAGGCUAAUAGAUGACAUCUUAGAAAAGAUCAAUAACCAUCUUCCUUCUCAUAUCAGAAUUCUGGGGCUGAAGAGAGUCACUGGGGGAUUCAACUCCAAGAACAAAUGCGAUGCCAGAACCUACGCGUACAUGCUGCCCACCUUUGCCUUUGCCCAUAAGGACCACGACGUGCAAGAAGAGGCUUAUCGACUCAGCAGAGAGAUCCUGGAGAAAGUCAACAGCCUGCUUGCUCGCUAUAAGGGAACGCACAACUUCCACAACUUCACUUCUCAGAAGGGACCCAAGGACCCCAGCGCCAGGAGGUAUAUCAUGGAGAUGUACUGCGGAGAGCCCUUUGUGCGGGAAGGCAUAGAAUUCGCAGUGAUCAAAGUGAAAGGGCAGAGCUUCAUGAUGCACCAGAUCAGGAAAAUGAUUGGACUGGUGAUAGCGAUUGUGAAGGGUUACGCUCCUGAGUCUAUCAUAGAGCGCAGCUGGGGCGAGGAGAAAGUGGACGUGCCCAAAGCUCCCGGGCUCGGCCUGGUCUUGGAAAGAGUACACUUUGAAAAAUACAACAGGCGUUUUGGAAACGAUGGGCUGCACGAGCCGCUGGAGUGGGAGGAGGAGGAGGAGAAGAUCGCUGUUUUCAAAGAGCAGUAUAUCUAUCCUACUAUUAUUAACACAGAAAGGGAGGAGAAGUCCAUGAUGAGCUGGCUAAACACGCUCUCCAUUCACGACUUCAACUCUUCCACUGCUGAGAUGGAAGCUAACAACAAGAAUUCAAAGAACAGUGAUGUUGAAGGCAGUGAUGGUUGUAAUGAUGAUUCUGACUGAGUCAAAGCGUGCUUGGACCUGGUACCCGUACUGUGAGCAUCAAAAAGCAUCACAGCUCGCUUUGUCUACAGAAAAGUGGCCUUCCUAAUCCAGUACAGCAGGGGAUUACGUACUUACAGAACAAGAAGUAGAUGCCCAGGAGAAGAUGAGUGGGGUGAAAGAAAACCAGCAGGAGGAAGACGGACAGAGGCUGUGCACGGACUGAUAGACCUGGCUGGCACACGUGAAAACAGUGUGAUGAGAAAGCAGCUUCCUAAAGGAUUCUUGUAAUGCAGGAUGUCUUAAUUGCUGUUUGAAUAAUGUUUUUAUUACACGUUUACCAGGAAAUAGUAUUUUAAAUCUGUGUAAUCUCUACGUAAAGAUGAGACAAAACAUUUUAAUACACUUUUUUUUUUGGAUUAUUUUUAUGAGGUUAUGACUCCAUGACCUGUUUUUUUUUUUUCCAUUUUCUUUACCUUUAAUUAAUCCAGUCUCUAAACAUCAUGUUGAGCUUUUAUUUUUUGUGUCAUUCGUGGCUUCCUUGUGAAAUAAUAUGCAUGGGAUAGAAAGUCAUUAUCGUGCUAACAGCUACACAUUUUUGCUACUGAAUCAGCCUUUUUGUUUUCUCAAGGUUUGCAGGUCUGAAGGAAGUGAUUCCUUGCUCAGUGAGACAUCUUAACUUUGUAGCAUGGCUUGAACCAUGAACUAUAAGACAAUGGCUUUUAUUUAUUGGUGUCAUCCUCCCAUUGCUGACCUCAUGCCUGGGCAGGCUCUAGAAUGUAGAUCCACAGCUAUGCACACAGUUGGGUAUCCACUGCCUGAGGUGCUGUUUCACAGAGCUGUCAUUGAGAUGUAAGGAAAACGUGUACAUUAAUUGGCAGGAUUGCAAUUCCAAGUGUGCUGCUGUGAAGGUUCCUGUGUUCCCUGGGGCGGGUUGCUGGGUGUGUUGGUGCUGGUUUUAGUACUUCUGCUUUAAGUGGAAACUAGCUAGCCAUCUGCUGGAUCUGGGGUUGAACCAACUUGGCAUGUGUGAAAGGAAUGGUGCUGACUUCCUCUGGGCUCCAUCAAGCCCGCGUUUGAUUUGUAUGUGUGAAUUCUUAAUUUCUAUCACGCUGCUGAGAACAGAGGAGAUGUUAUGGGAAGCACGUGCCCAAGGACUGUCUGUCUGUCUGUCUGUCUGUCUGUCUUUGGGAAUCAGUUUUUAUUUUCUGUGAUUUGGGUAUCUGUAUACACUGGAAGGAGUAGAGGAGAUGGCUCCGCGCUCCUUUAUGCAGUGGUUACUGGUGUUACAGUUCCUUGUGGGAUUUGUUCUCAGCCAGAGCUGUCCUUAACAAGGGAUUGCCUUGUUUCAUAUGGGUUUUUAUUAGGGCUUUUUAUGUUUCUUGCAAAGGCCUUACUCUGUUUUAUCACAGCAAGACUGGUGUUCUGGGGAGGGAUUCUGCCUAUGUUUUCUUUUACAUCCUUUGCUAACUCAUACUGCUGACACAGUCUGCAUUAAACCUGUUACCCAAAGCUCUUCCUGUCUCCUUCAAUCUGAGACAAAUGCCUUUCUUUACUUACAACGAAGGCACCAAAACUGACACAAGUCAAAAUGAUCAGGAAUUUGUUUAUUGUCUCUGGAGAAAAUAAAGAACGGUUAUUUCUUAA